CUUAGCCUUGACUAUGGAAUAUGGAUUCGACUAUCUCCAAGCACCUGCCAUCCGAGUUACCGGCGCGGAGGUUCCCACCCCAUAUGCAUUGAAACUGGAGGAGAUGAGCUUCCCCCAGGAAGAUACUAUUCUAUCGCAAGCCGCCAAACUCCUUCGUGUAUAAGAUUACGGCUGAUACCACUUUCUGAGUUUUUUGGGCUAUGCUGCCACUAUUCUUUUUCCUCUUUCCACCUUUUACAAAAUGUAUUGACUGAUAACCCACGUUUAUUAUGCAGCAUUGCUCUCUUUUAGCUCCCGUCUUUUCCUUGAAACCUUUUCCAAUGUAUAACUAGAAAUUUAUACCGUCACACCAUGCAGUAUUUGAAGACCCAUGGAAUGCAUUUAAGGCUGCAGCUCUAUGACCUGAAAUAGUCAUCAGGUUCUACCCAUUUUGCCAAUUGCUGGUCUUCUGCGAAGUACGGAGUAGAGGGAAGGCUGACCCGCUUGAAACAACAUCGGAGCUCGGCAUGCUCUUUGUAGCCAGUCUGUACUUCGUAACUCCUCCAAAAUCGUCGCUCAACAGUCAAUAUGCCACCAGUGAGUUAUUAUGGACUAUCCUUUUGGUUCUAGCUUAGACAAGAAUUGCGAUUACUCAUUCUCCCAUGCAGCGCGGCUUCACCAAUCCGGCUCCCAAGACCGACUCUGCCCGCUCCGCAUUGACCUCUUUUACCUGCACCCUCUGCAACAAAUCAUACUCCCGCCAUCCAGAAUACGAAGCUCACAUCUCCUCAUACGACCACCAGCAUAAAAAGCGCCUACGUGACUUGAAGCAAUUAUCGCGUGACCCCAAUGCCGCAGAAAGAGCGCGAAGAGCAGAACGCAAGGCCGAUGCUGAGGCCGGACUAGUUGUUGUUGGUACGGCCCAAACCGCGGUUGGCGGGAAGGGAGGCGCUGGCGGCGGAGGCAGCGGUGGUGGGGGGUUUAAGAAAGGAGGGUUUAAGAGUUCAUUUACAGUUGUUUCGGGGGGGAAUACUGGUUCCAGUGGAGGUGGGGGUGCGGCGACGACGGGGCCAAGUUUGAUAAAGAAGAAUGUUUUGGGGGAUGAUGAUGAGGACGAGCUGGAGUGCCCUGGACUUGAAAAUACGUCACGAACAAAGAGUGGAACCGAUUUGAAAAGAUCUGGCGGCGAUGUGGAAAGUGAUACAGAUGAAGACUAUGGUGGAGAUGAUUUGACCGCGGGAGGAGGCUAUUAUGAUCCUCGACGACCGACAGGCUGUUUCGCGGGUUGUAGAGGCGCACACAGCGUGCCGGUCAGUUAGAUUCUGCCAUUGCCCCCGCUUCAAUUUCGUUUCUUUCUCUUUGUUGUUCGGUUUGGUAGCGAGGCGCCCGGCGUUCAACAUUGUAUUAUAUAUAAAGUA